AUGAGCCAGGAGCCUGCGCUUCGUCCUGGCGAUAUGGAUGAGAUGUUCACAGACCUCUCUGUGCGGGCAGCCGAAUACAACCUGACCAUCCUCAGCAGAAGUCCAUGGAUCGUUACCCUUGACAACUUCGUCUCGGACGAAGAGAUCGAUGGGCUUUUGUCCGUCACAUCGGAUUUCGCGAGAUCCUCGGAUCAAGGCGAGAAAAGUGAGUUCGGUGUUGGCAAGGGGGUGAUCUCCAAACAUCGAACUUCCCAGACGGCAUGGUGCGAAGACGAGUGCAAGGCAACUUCGGUCUUCCACAAGAUUCGCGACAGAAUAUCUCAUCUGAUAGAUGUGCCAUGGAAGAACUUUGAGACACUGCAGUUCUUGAAGUACCAGGUUGGCGAGGAGUAUGCGCGACACCAUGACAUGCACAACGUGACGGACAAUGAGUUCACACCUGGACCGCGCAUCUACACAUUCUUCCUUUAUCUGUCGGACGUGGAAGAGGGUGGUGAGACGGAGUUCACGGAGCUCAACAUCUCCGUGAGCCCUCGCCCCUUGCACAUCUUGGUUUGGGGUUUCGGCUCUUACGGGGCCGCUUCUUUCAGUGGUGCAGGCAGCUCGCUCGUUCGGGCGGCGCUUUGGGAGCAGGCCCUGGCAUUGCCAGUUCCAAGGCUCAACGUGGUCAGCUACGGCACCCUUCUGGCAGCCUGCGAGAAAGGCGCCCGAUGGGAGGAGGCUUUACAACUGCUUCAGCAGAUGCGCCGGCUGCAGAUAGAGGCCACCACCAUUGCCACGAACAGUGCAAUCAGUGCUUGUGGCAGAGGCGAGCAAUGGGAGUCAGCCCUCCAGCUCUAUGCAAAGCUUGUCCAAGGAGGCGCCGAUGCCGGCAACCGGGCACAGUCUGCUUUGAUGACUGCGCUGGCUCGAGGUGUCCAGUGGACACAGGCCAUCCACAUGCUGCAGCACAUGUCCACCCCCAACAUCGUCGUGCACACGGCUGCCUGCGAAGCUUGCGCACGUGCAGGUCGAUGGCAAGAGGUGCUCUGCCUUUUUCGAGACCUGCUGGCUGACAAACUGAAGCCAGACCUUGCUGCGUUUCACGUGACCUUGAGCGCCUGUGCAGCUGGUGGGCAGUGGCUGCUGGCCCUGGAACUGCUCCAUGAGAGGCUCCCGCAGGCACAGCUUCAGCCGACUCCGAGCUGCUUUGCUUUGGCGACUCAGGCCUGUGAGCAGCAGGCUCGUUGGGUCGAGGCCUUGUCCAUGUUGGAAGAGGCGUCAAAACGCCCCAGAAGUCAAACCCUUGAGUUGUGCACUACUGUGAUAUCUGCUUGCUCCAAAGGCACCGAGUGGGAAGCAGCAGUGGCAUUGAUCCGCAACAUGCCAGUCCAAAAGGUUCAGCCAGAUGCAAUUUGCUAUGCCGCGGCCGUGGCUCACACGCAGGGCGUUCCUGAUGAGGGCUUCGCGAAUGGGCGUGGAGCACUGGCAAUGCUUCGGGAGCUUUGGAGCAAACGCCUGCAGCCGGAGCGCGAGUCGCUGCGUGCCGCUGCGCUGGAAAUUGCAGGAACUACAGCUUCCUUGGCAGACUCGACGCGCUCAACAGCAGAGGGUUCACUGCAAGGCAUCAUCGAUGACGUACUCAGCUGCAGCGAAGAUGGCAGCAUGGGUGUUUGGCUUUUCAAUGCCACGAUCCUCCGCGCACAGACGUCCAGAGCCGUCUACCGUCUCCUCACAUCCAUGGAAGAACACGGGAUCUCCCGAGUGCCGCCCACCUACUCAGCAGCCAUCGGCGCGUGCGGCCGCGCCCAUGACUGGCCAGCGGCCCUUCAGCUUCUUUGCGAGAUGCGAGGUGACCAGGCGACGGAUGGCGUUGACUGGCUGGCCCACUCUGCAGCCGUGGCGGCCUGUGCGCGCGGUGCUGCCUGGCACAGCGCAAUUGCCCUCGUGUCCAACGCAUCGGAGUGGCUUUCGACACCUUCGCAUUCGGCUUAUGCCUCGGCCACUGCCGCCUGCGAUCGAGCCGGCCUCUGGGAAUGGGCACUCGUCAUCUUCUCAGCUCGCCCGGAGGAGUCCUCAGACACGCCUCCAUCCGUGUACAACUCGCUCCUCUCGGCCUGUGGAAGGGCUGAGGCCUGGGAGAAGGCAGUCGCGCUUUGGCAUGAGAUGAUCAGAGAAGGAUCAUCUACACCAGCCCCCGAUGCGGCGAGCGCCGCGUUGACGAUCCGCGGCUGUUUUCAAGGAAGCAGCUGGCAGGCUUCUGUGGAGGUCUUUCGACAGGCAAAAGCUCAUGAGGGCAUCACAAUCGGCAGCUCUGCCUACAAUGCUGCGCUCUACGCUGUGGCCGUGGGCAGGAGCUGGGGAGGUGCACUGGCGCUCCUGGAGGAGAUGGCAGCGGAGUCCGUUCCGAUGACACGCAGCACCCGCAAUGCAGCCCUCCGGGCUUGCACACUUGGGGUUCCUAAGCAGGAAGCGCUUUGGGCCUCCACAAGAGCCCUCGCGCUGCUCCGAGAGCACGGGCUCAAGACGUCUCGAGAAGCCUGGGAGGCAGAGGGCCUGCCGGCCCAUGCGGAGCUGACCGAAGCCGGCUUGAAUUUCGCUGCGUCACGUGUGGAGCUUCUCCUGCUCAACUUGGAGGGCGAAGAGGCUUCUGGCAUCGAUUUCGAUGAAGGUCCUCGCAGCCCAAUGCUGGCCGGUGAGUUCGUCCCUGGCAGCACGUUGCAUGAGGAGCUUGACAGUCACCCGUUGCCCACGGGCCUCUCACUGCAGCUGCUUGGCCUUCCAGGCCCCUAUUCUGCGACCGAUGUGGCUGCGACAGAAUCCUGUCGCGAGGCCCUCCAGUCGCAGGUUAGUGCUGCCUUCAGCCCCGGCGACGCCAUCGUAUAUUUAGUUGGUUCCCGGCUUUAUGGUGCCGCACUCGAGGGCGCUGACGUGGACGUUGUGGUCGAAUUGUCGCCCGACAUCCAAGAGGCGGUCCUAGGCGAGAGUGAUGGGCCAAUGGCUGUGGAGGAUCGCUACCGGCUGCUAUCUUCUCGAUCUGUGCUCCGCCUACAACGCCACUUCGAAGGUGUCCGCAGCGACAAGUGGCACCGGAUUGAAGCGGUCCUCGACACACGCAGGCCGCUGCUACGUCUCUGCCACUCACCACCUGGGCAUGCUGCUGUAAAGGUGGAGGUGGGCUUCGACCCGAUCCUGGCAGCAGUGCAAAAGAGUUCGAUGCUCUCUUCUCUGGAGGGCCCAUCAUUGGCCUUAGCUCGUCUGGUUCGGCAGUGGACCAUGGCCCGGAGAUUGGCCGGUCAGCAGGCCGGCUAUCCUUCCGGUUUCGCAUGGUGCCUCCUGGCAGUGUUUUAUUGCCAAGUUCGCCGACUGGAGCGCCCCCUGGCCAGCCAAAACCCACACGAUUGGAUCGAUGGAAGGUUCCGCAAGCCUGUCCUCAUAAGCGAGAAGGCUUUGUCGGAGGCUGCCGCUCUGCUACCUGGCUUCUUUGCUUUCUAUGCGGAGCAUUUCCGAUGGACAGAGGAGGUCGUGUCUACACGCCUCGGCCGACGAACAUUCCGGGCCUUGCAGCCUUCGCUGAGCGCAGACAAAGUGCUGUGCAUCGAAGAUCCGUUGGAGCCGGAUUCCGAUUUGGCGGCCGCCUAUUUGUCUGCCGGUCGUGAUCGGAGGCUCCGAGCCGAGCUCCGCCGUGCAAAGCGACUUCUAAGGCGAGGCCCAGGCAGCGCUGCCCGGGAUGCCAACGACAUUGAUCUCUGGGCCAAGUGCUUCCGCCUUCGCAGGGACGUAUAG